AUGGACACUUGUGACUUCCCAGAACCCCAAGUUCUGGUACAUUAUCCCGAUGAUGCCGGAGGAGUGAUCUGGCAUCAUCGCAUCCUGGCCAAGAAGAUCACGGCUGUGGUGUGGAUUGUGAUCACACCGGAUCUCGAGCUGGUCCGACACAACCUUCUCGAGCAGCGCCACGUAGUUUUGGCUAGGAAUUCUAUGUUUCCAGCAGCCCAGCGUGCUCAGACUUACGGGUUUGAUCCAGUGCCUCGGGCUGAGCUCCUCGCCCUCAGGCGCCAGGCCGCUGUGCAGGCCGCCAUCCUGGGCGACGACGAUCAGGACAUGGAGAUCGAGAAUAAUGCCUGGGUGAUCGUGGAGACAGAUCCCCUCAGGUUCGCCCAGGUCCUGUCUGACACGGAGGUUCAGCAGGCCACCCUUGGCCAGUCCAAGGGCGUCGCCCUGGUUAACGGUAUGGAAGUUUUUGUAGAGCGGAUCCAGACGAAUCAGUUGGAGGCUUGGAAGGCUUCUCGUAAGUCUGGUACUGAAGAUCUGCGAGUUUUGGGAUAUCAUCGUGAUGCUUCAGGACGUCGUCACCUCGCGUUGAGUGAGGCAGUCUCUUUGAUGCGUGAGACGACGUUCGACGAUUGGAUCAUGCCGGGGCCAAGAGUUGUCAAGGAGUGGCUCACGUCAAUUAGGAAUGGCCCUGGCGACCUGACUUCUUAUCAUGGGCAGUGGGUGCGGCUCUCGGGAAUCAGUGAGUUCUCAGCGGUGGCCCACAUACAUUACGUUUUGUGUGAAGCAGUCCGCCCGGCCAUUCAGACCGACCAGCUCGACGUCACAAAUCUUUUGAGUUUUGUGUUGACCAUGCGGAGAAUUUGCCGGGGCGAGACCGCCGUGUCUUGUAAUCCGAGACACCCGGACUACGGAGGUUUGGACAUCGUGCUGCACGCCCCGACGACCGAGCAGGGCCAGGCCAGCACCAACAACUUCACGGAGUGGGUGACGAGCCGCUUCAAGGAUCAGGCCGCCAUUUUCAGGCAGACCCGCCUCUGGAACGAGGAGCAGCGCGCCCUGCAGGCCUCGCGUGGACCGCAAGACCCCGAUGCCAAAGGUCUCACGGCCGAGGGGACCGCACGUGAGCUGCUGGCCACCAAGGACCUGUACAGUCAGGAGCCGAAGCACCUCGCGCCGUUCGACCUGACAAAGCUCAAGGUAGCGAAAGACGUCGCCUGCGGGCUCGAGCAGCCCUCUUUUUUGUUGUUGAAGAAGAAGAAUCCAGGCGAGAUCCGGAUGAUCGUGGACGCCAGGCAGGCCAACGCCUGCCACCGCGCGCCUCCGACCGCCCGACUUGGGUCGGCAGGCGCCCUCGCAGAUCUCGACUUCUCUGUUGGGGGCGGCCCCUUCGACGGCGUCGGUGGCGUUGUCGGCUGGGGCCCCCGCGGGAGCGAGGCUGACGUGGAGGAUUGUUUUUUUUGCAACUUUGCGAUCGACGGCUUAUCGGAGUGGUUCGGCUUCGACGACCCGCUGCCGGUCGCCGCGAUUCGGGGCACCUGCGGCAUCGCAGUGGGCGCCUUCUGGGACCCGGACAUGAAUAAGAUGGUCCACGCGGACGAUGACGUUGUCCUCUACCCCUGCAUGCGGGCUAUGCGCAUGGGCUGGUCGUGGGCCGUGCUCUUUGCCCAAGAGGCAGUCUCUUCGAUGACGUGUCGGGCUCUCCAGCCUAGCUCCUCGGCCGAGCCGGCCAUGGUGAAGGGGCGGCAAACUGUGCCCGACCUCAACGAGUCGAACGUGCUGGGAAGCGUCUACGUCGACAACAUCCCAGUCGUCGGCAGGACCGCGACCCUGGCCCGCGAGGCCAGGCUGCCUAUCUGUUGGAGUUGCCCGGGCGUCGUCACCCACCUGGGGACGGCGGGGAUCGAGCUUGACCUCAAGCACGGGCGCCUCCGCAACAAGGCUUCUCGCAUCUGGAGGUUUGACUUGGCCACGCGGGCCCUGCUAGCGCGAGGCAAGAUGCGUGGCGAGCACAUGGGGGUCUGGUUGGGACACGCGAUCUCUCUGUUGAUGCUCGCCCGGCCAGGCUACGCCGCGCUGUCCCCCGCCUGCCUGUUCGCGGAGUCGGCCCGGGGCAAACGCACCGCUUUGCCCCGGGAGGUCAAGCAGGAGAUGCGCAUCGUGGUGGGCCUUGUGUGGCGGACGGAGGUGGACCUGGCGGCGCCCUGCGUGCCGCGCGUGUACGCCAGCGACUCCGCCGACCUCGGGCACGGGCUCAUGUACUAG